UUCGACAACUACUCCGCAAAUGUCAUGGUAGACGGAAAGCCAAUAAGCUUGGGACUGUGGGAUACUGCCGGACAAGAGGACUACGACCGACUGCGGCCGCUCUCAUACCCCCAGACGGACGUGUUCCUCAUCUGCUUCUCCAUUGUCAGCCCCCCGUCGUUUGACAACGUCAAAGCAAAGUGGUACCCCGAGAUAGAUCACCACGCGCCCGGCGUGCCCAUCAUCCUCGUCGGCACAAAACUCGAUCUGAGGGACGACGAGGCGACCAAGGAGUCGUUGAGGCAGAAGAAGAUGGCGCCCAUCCAAUACGAGCAGGCCGUCAUGGUCGCAAAGGAGAUCAAGGCACAAAAGUACCUAGAGUGCUCUGCGCUCACACAGCGCAACCUGAAGAGUGUCUUUGAUGAAGCAAUUCGCGCUGUCCUGAGCCCCCGUCCUCAGCAGUCGGCGACGAAGAACAAGAAGAAGUGCACUAUCCUAUAA